AUUCUUCCAUAAAUGCUCAUCCAAACAAGAGAAGGAAUCUCAUUAACACCGCCGCAGAAGCACCACCAAAACGACGACGUUCCCAAAUAUGCCAGCCGGAGAAUACCGCAACGCCUCACCGGCGACACCACAUCCACCAACAGACACGGCGGAAGAAUCCACAUGGCUAUGGACACAAAUCAAAGCUGAAGCUCGGCGCGACGCCGAAGCCGAGCCGGCACUAGCAAGCUACUUAUACUCGACUAUACUCUCACACUCUUCGCUCGAGCGUUCGCUCUCUUUUCAUUUGGGAAACAAGCUUUGUUCUUCCACGCUCUUAUCCACACUCCUUUAUGAUCUGUUUCUCAAUACUUUCUCCAAUGAUCCCGAGCUACGCGCCGCCGCUUCCGCUGACCUACUCGCCGCUCGCUACCGUGACCCUGCUUGUGUUUCCUUCUCUCACUGUUUGCUUAACUACAAAGGUUUCCUUGCUUGUCAGGCGCAUCGAGUAGCCCACAAGCUUUGGACUCAAUCCCGAAGGCCACUUGCACUUGCACUUCAAUCUCGAAUCUCUGAUGUUUUUGCUGUUGACAUCCAUCCAGCUGCUAAAAUCGGAAAAGGUAUCCUCUUUGAUCAUGCAACAGGAGUGGUGGUUGGCGAGACUGCAGUUAUUGGAAACAACGUGUCAAUUCUUCACCAUGUAACCUUAGGAGGGACUGGUAAGAUUGGUGGUGACCGGCACCCUAAGAUUGGGGAUGGUGUGCUCAUAGGUGCAGGUGCCACGAUAUUGGGCAACGUGCGGAUUGGUGAGGGGGCCAAGAUUGGUGCUGGAUCAGUGGUAUUGAUUGAUGUGCCACCGCGGACAACUGCAGUAGGGAAUCCAGCAAGGUUGGUUGGAGGGAAGGAACAACCAACUAAGCAUGAGGAAUGUCCCGGAGAGAGUAUGGAUCAUACAUCUUUCAUUUCUGAAUGGUCUGAUUACAUCAUAUGACUUGCAUACCUCAUGUAUGCUAUAUCUGCAAAAUGAACAAGAAGUCGUCUCCGAACCUAGAAGAGAGGACAAAGGUUCAAUCUUAACGCUACUGACUGUUAAACAUGCUCUUUGUGCUAGUCCAACAGUCCAGAGUGCAAAGAACUUUUAUCCAUCUUUUUUUUUCAAUUAGUCUUUCUGUUUUUCUACAUUUAAGGCUCUCGUUUUUAUGCAGAGAUUUCUGCUUGGAGUCGCCUUACAGCAAGUUCCCUUUGAUGGCACAAAUAUAUAGUAUGUAUUAUGAGUUCAGUAUCUACUCGUUGCUGGUCUUCCUAGGCUUUAAAAACUGGUGAAAGCAACUGUCCGUCUGAGUACAGUCCUAUUAUUACUGUUGUCAUUAUUGCUUCAUUAUUAUGUAAUUGUAUAAUCACAAGGUAUCUAUAUGUUGUCUGAUAUUUCUAAAUUAAGGUUGAUUUCAGAACCC